UUUCUGACAAACUCCUCUGUUUAGAGUCACAAACAGCUGUUUCGAGCUUGCUUUUUCUUCUUGUUGUAUAUAUGUUUCAGUACCACUAUUAAUUAUACUUGAGCAAGUUGUCUUAAUCGCUGCACUGCAGAUAUCUGUAGCGAUAAAGCGAUAGACAACCCUGAGGGCAGCUGGACGAGCCCUUCCCUCAUCGGCACUACGCGCAACUAAUCCAAGCUGCACAGCUUCUAAUUUGAUUGAUCUUGACAAUUCCAUCGGUUCAUCCCUUAUGAUUUGGAGAUUCCUAUCAUAUCGUCUACUAGACCAGCCGCAAUUUCCCUGAUCACAACCACUGCUUACACAACCACUGCUUACACAACCACUUUCCUCAUGCGAUAGCUAUUCAGUGCACGUUAUCUGAAUUCGUCCAAAGUAUCGCAUGAAAGUCAAUUCGCUGUCGCCAAUAUGUCGUUCGAGCUGAAGGAAAAGGGCAACCAGCUCUUCAAAGAAGCCGACUAUGUCGGCGCCGAGGAGAUGUUUUCGCAAGCCAUCCAGAAGAACCCGAAAGAACCAACCUUCUUCACGAAUCGCGCAGUCACACGGCUUCGUCUGGAAAAAUGGUCUGGUGCUGAACAAGACGCCCGUAUCGCGAUCCAGCUGAACGGCGGUCCUAAGGCCGCCGCGAGCCUAAAGAGCUCCCUCUACCUCGCCCAGGCAUUACUCGAACUCCAACGUCCCCAGGCCGCAUACGAUGUCGCCAUUGACGGCUACCGAGCUAGCCUCAACACCAAGAACGCGCAGUCAGAAAACCUAUCGAAGAUCGUCCUCCGCGCAAAGCAGCAGAUCUGGGCAGCUAAGGAGACGGCGCGGCUUCGGGAGAUGAAUGAUACGUUGGCGAGUGUCGAGAAACUCAUAGAAGCCGAUCUGGAGAAGGAAUUAAGAGAGCUCAGAGCACAGCUGGACAACGGCGAGAUUGGGGAAAUCGGGUUUAAUGAGGACCAGAAGGCACGCCGAGAAGAAGCGGCGAAGAGGAUUCAGCACGUACGGGAUGCUUUUAAGAGUGCUUCUGGUGGUGAGAUACAGGAACGGGUUGUCCCCGAUUAUCUUGUCGAUAAUAUUACCUUUGAAGUCAUGCACGACCCUGUCAUGACCGUCUCCGGACACAGCUUCGAUCGCAUUGGAAUUAUGAAGUAUCUGGAACAUGCCGCAGCUGACCCGGUGACUCGCGCACCCAUGACAGUCAAGGACUUGCGACCCAACUACUCGCUCAAGGCAGCAUGUGAAGACUUUCUUGACAAAAACGGCUGGGCUGUUGAUUACUGAGGCAAUAUCUCCUAAACUUGACGUGGGAUUGGAGACUAGGAGUUUUGAUUUUCGCAUCCGCAGCAAAAGCAUUUGGUCUGGUGUUUGCUUCUUCCUUCUUAUAUUAUCAUCAUCAACGUCCUGCGUGUUAUGAUUAUUAUUACCUUUUUUAUGUGCAUAUUGUAAAUUAAUUGUCUAUAUUUUGUGAAUUAUAGCCACAUAUUCUCCUUUCAUCUAAUUCUAUGUGACCUUAUCAAGUGGCCUCUUCCAGACUAUUCAGAAUCCCAACCAAUUAUCGGCAGUACCAACCGUUGGGGCUGCAUAAACAAUUCAAUUGUCACCAUCCAUGUGAUCACUGUUCCCCACUAUCGUCUGCCUUCUAUUACGUCGAGG